AUGAGCAUCGAUAAGCGAUGGUGUCCGCUUUGUAUGGAACAACUCGAAAUCGAUGACUUAGAUUUCUACCCCUGUAAAUGUGAAUAUCAGGUUCGUAUGUGCUGUUUUCAGUUUAAAAAGCUGUGUUUUAUUAACGACUAA